GCGUCUCUGGCAUUGGGCUCCUGGUUUCCUUCAUGGCAACCAAGAUGAAAGGAAUCUACAAAAGUUUCAAAUUAAUCUCCCAAAUCUUUGUUGUGAAGGAGAGAGAGAUGGAAAUUGGGUUCCCAACAGAUGUUAAACACGUGGCACACAUUGGAUGGGAUGGCCCAUCUGGCAGUGCACCCAGUUGGAUGAACGAGUUCAAGACUUCAUCAGAUUUCUCAGCAACAUCUCUUGCCAACAUCAGUGACCGACGUGAUUCCAAUCCUCUAGCUCUUUCCACAUGGUCCUCUCAAGAUUUUGAGCAGUCCAUGGGACGCCAAACCGCGUCGGAGAUGUUCACAGACAUUCCCCCUAAUGACCUUCCCAACAUUCCGAAGAAACCAAAGCGGAAAAAGAGCAAGUCCACUUCCUCUCCUAGCUCAACAUCCUCCUCAUCAAGAGGAUUUAGAUUGACAAAGUCAAAGGCUGCAUAUAACAACAUGGAGGCAACACCAAACAUGCAGCUACUUUAGAGAUAUCGGUCCAAGUUUUCGAAAUUGGUCGCUGAUUUCAGAGAAUUUGUCAUGUGCAUAGAAAAGAUUUCUGAAGACCCCUUUUUGAGAAUGAAAGUCUAACAACUUGAACAUAAUUUGUGUAUAUCUUGAAAAGCACGAGGCUUUAGGGAAAAGGGAGUGAGUUAGUUGGUGGGAGCAAGAGGGAUGUGAAGAAGACAAGGGUGGUAAUUACUUUGUUCAGUUUAGGAAAAUACCCCCUUUUUUUUUUUUUUUUGGUUGCUUCUACAACAUAAA